AUGCCCGGUCGUGGAAAAAGAGGAAAUGGACGAGGCAGAGGCAGAGGUGGAGCAGGUGCCAGAGGACGUGGCAGAGGCAGAAUCAGCAUUGGCGGCGGUGGCAGAGGCCGUAACAGGGAACUCAUUCCAUCGGCUAUCGGCUACGUUUACCGUCCUCGCUCCAAUGUAGAUGAAUUCGACGACGAUUUUAGAAUCUAUGGGCAGUUUGGCAGUGACCAAGACGAUUCCGAGAGUGAAUUUUCACCUCAUGCUAAAAAAGGCAAUGGCAGCCAAAAGCAGCACAAGAAGAACAAGCUUGGUUUUUUCAGAGAAAGUAGACCCUCCUUUGGCUCCAAUUACGAUGACAACUACGACGAUGCCAUGGAUCGUGCUGGUUUAGGAGCAUCCUCUUCCUCCAGCCAGCAAAAUGCCGCAGUAAAUUCAAACCAGCAAUUUGCCAAAGGAAAAUCAAAGUACCUGAAGACAGUGCUGUUCACCAAAUCAUCCUCCUCAAUCGACUUGACCAAAGAAGCAGAAAAUGUUGUCAUUGAACAGGAGGCCAUUGUGUCCGAGCAGCAACAAACUGUGCAAGAGUCUAUGUCUAAUUUGUCAUUAGAAGACGCUACAGUGGAUGAAAAGCUUCUAGCCAAGAAGGAACUCUGGGGCAUGUUGAAGGGAAAAAAUCCGGCCACCAAUGUCACUGUAGAAACAUUCGAUUACGCUGAAUUCACUGCCGCAGUACCUGACACACCAAGCCAUGGUACGAAGAACAAAGUGGACGAAGCAACAGACUCCUCUGAUCAGGAAGAUAUCAAUUUGUCAAGUGAAGAUGAAGACAAGCAAGAUCAAGUUGAAGACACAUCUGAUGAUGAGAUUGAUCUAGGCACAUCAUCUGACGAACAAGACUUUGCGCAAAGUCUGUCCUCCGAAGACGAAGAAGAUUAUCAAGAAUUGUAUGACACGGAAGAGGAUGAAUUAUUGGAAGACGACAUGCUCGUUAUGGAAGACUACUUGGAACACAUUGAGUUGGAUGAUGAAGAAGACCUGAACGAGUUACUAGCUUGGUCUGCUAUGCAAGAAGGCAACUGUGAAGUAGAUCUAGAAGACGAUUUGUAUGACUAUGCAACGUUGGAUCAGCCAUCUACUAGAGAAAUUCCUAUCAUGGAGGAAGAAGAAGCCAAAUUUACCAGCAAAAAGGGAAAACGAGCCACUGCUGUUGACGAAGACACAAGAAAGAAGGUUGGGCACCGUACGCGAGAUGACAACUCUGUAGUGGACCCAGAAAUCUUUGGACGAACAUUGAAAGCAGCCUUGGCCGAUGUUCCACCGGGACUGAGACCUGGCAUGAGAAGAUGGUAUGAAAAGCAGCAGCGCAAAGAAGACAAGAAAAAGAAGAGGGAAGAGGCCAAAGCACAUCGAAAGGAAAAGAAGAAGAAUGGCAAAGGAAGAGCCAACGAGAUAGAAGACCCUGAUUUCACAAACCAAAUGGCGAAGAUUGACGAACGUAUGCGUGAUUUUGUUCAAGAUGACAGUAUUAGCAGCUUCCAAUUCGCACCCAUGGCCACCAAUGUCCGCAGACAGCUGCAUGUGCUUGCCGCAGUAUACAAUUUGAAAUCCAAAAGCACUGGUGGCGGCGGAUCAAGAUGCACCAUUGUCACCAAAACCCCUACAACUUGUAUACCCAAUGAUCGACGCUACAUCAGUCGUUACUUGUUAGACAUUCAAACGAAUAUGGAUGAACAGAAUCGUAUUAUUGGGAAAAAUAGGUCGAAAGGUGGACCGCCUCAUCAGAAGGGCAAAAAGAAGUUUAUCAAUAGCAGCAAAAAGAACAAUAGCAGUGGUACAUCGACACCCAAACAGAAGCGAGGAGAUGGCCAAUUCCCUGCUGGGCCAUCGCACGGUACGGUGGUCGCCUUUGACGCUGCUCCUAUUGGUGAAUCUAAUGUUGGGCAUCGUAUGCUCGCUGCUAUGGGCUGGAAACAAGGUGAAGCAUUGGGAUCAAAGAGUGAAGGUAUUGUUGCUCCCAUUGAAGCAAUCAUUCGUAAAAAGGGUAGAGGUCUUGGAUCGUAA